AUGAGGAUAAUCACACAUAACAUGCUUCAAUGCCAUGUCAAGGGCUGCAAUGUCGACAAUUUCCCUUUGCAAAUUCAAGAUGCUGAAGUAGAAACAAUAGAAGCAGACUUUAGCAGCGGCUUUAUUCGACGGCUUAUUCCAAAAAUUCACUGGCCUGCAUUUGUUCAUACUGCUCUUUCAAUUGGCAUAGAUAUAUUGCCAGAGACACUUCCAGAGGAGCCAAACGAAGAGCUUUUGCAUUUGAUUCACAAGGUUGCUCUCGAGACUCGUGUCAAACAAGGAAAGAUGGUCUGUUUAGGAUGCAAACACGAGUAUGUGAUUACGAAUGGCAUUCCAAACAUGUUGUUGCAGGAAAAUGAAGUAUAA